UACUGUUGACAAGCCUUCUUCAAGAGGCGCAUCCAUGGAAAAUGAACGGAGAGACUAACUUUGUUAUAUAGAUAAAAAAAGAAAGAUAUUUAACUGUAAAGUUGUUGAGAAGACGUGGAGCUAAAGUAGACGAAUACCAAUAUCUGGUUGAAAAGCUUAGAAACUUCUCGAACUAUCAAAACUGAAGAUUUUUGUGUAUUUUGGAAUCGACUUCAAACUAAAAGAACUUGAAACAUCAGAAUAGGAGGUAUCUAAAACAGUUUGAUUUGAGAUCAGCUUUAAAAUCCUCCUAGCGAAUGUCUACACCAUCUGCAACAUCAACACAAAGUGGGAAGAAUGAGCUGAGCAUAAGAAGAAAUAACACAGUCUGAGAACCUAUAUAGAAGAAGUCUUCUUGGAACAAAACUUACCGUUAGCGCUACGUAAAUAACUUCUAUUUUUUUCAAGUGCUCAGUAACAGCCGCUAUGUUUAACAGUGCAGCACUAGUGUGUGUGAUUAAGGCAGCCUUGAUGACACUGAUGAUUCUUGGGACAGGAGUGGAGACAGCACCCACCGAGAAAGGCCUUGUGAAGCCUUUACAUCCUCUUCCCAGUCUCACUCAUGCAUCAGCCGUUCAAGAGAAGUCUCCAGCACUAAAUCCAAGCCAGUACCUGAAACACUGGCUUCUGAGUACCAAAGCAGCUGGAGUGGAUGGGACCACAAGAAUCACUGACAGAACCACUACAGGGACUAUCACUGUGGGUAACAGGGCAGGCCGACCGAGGGCCAACCCCGGCAUAGCCGGUCCAGAUAAACGAGCCCAGAUGCUGAAGAUGAUCUCAGCCCUGGAAGAGCUGCACAGGACAUUCAACGGUACACUGAGCUCACGGAUCACCAUCAUACCACGAGCAAAUGGCAGAAAUUCAGGAAGAAAAAAUAAAGCAGUUCCUGCUGCUGAGGGAGGGGUGAAGCCCACCACUGCGGCCCCAGUCGACAGCACUGUGUCCAGAGCAAGUGCAGACGUCAUCGUCCCCAGUCUGACUGGUCGAAACUUCAAGAAGUCCCUCCCACCGCAGACCAAGAAGACCAACAAAAGAGUGUGUUUCUGGAAGUACUGCUCCCAGAACUGAUCGCCAUCCCACCCUUUCUCUUCCUCACCCACUCUUUAUCUCCUCCCAACCAUCCAGACUUGAAAUGUUACAACGUAUCCCUUGAUUUCUGAACAAAAAUUACAUUUACAUUUCCAGUGGCAACAGAGUUAAAUGAGAAUAUGGACUGCACUUUAAAUUAUCUACCGUAUAUACGAAGCUGGAGACAGCAGCUGCUUAGCUUAGCUUUGCAUUAAGACUGGAAACAGGAGCUCUGUCCAAAGGUAAGAAUAUCUGCCUACCAGCACUUCUAAAGCUCACUAAUUCAAACAUUAUAUAUUGUUUAAAAACGAAAAAACCCCAGUAAGUCACUGUGCCCAGCCAAGAAAAAGCACAUGCCCUCCUGUAACGAGAUAUAACAUGUUACUUAGUGAGCUUUAAAGGUGCCAGUAGGCAUAUUUUCUUACAUUUGGACAGAGCCAUGUUAGCUGUAUCCUCCUAUUUCCAUGCUAAAUUAAGUUCCCAAUUGUAAAAAGUGGGUUGGUGGUUUCACAGGGGGUUGUGUCCUGGACUAUUUCUUGGCUGGUACCAUUAACUUCCUGGCAGCCAAGAACACAGAUGAUUACUACACUUUUAUUGGCAUGAAAGAUUUAAAUAUUUUAGGCCUUCAGAAGCUCAUAUAGCUUGGACCUCUAUCUAUCCAUCGCUCCAUCCGGUCUCCCUUCCUCUCCUCUGACUCUUCUCUGACCUCUGAGUGCUAGGAGACAGUCGCCUUGACAUCAGGAAGCCCCAAAGCGGCGCCAGCCUUGACUCGGACCUUUUCAUUCACUCGUUAAUUAACAAGACUGACCAAUCAAAGAAGACGAUGUGUGCUCGUGGCCGGGCGCAUGAACAAACAUCCCUGUUAACUCUUUCUUUUCCUUAUGAGACAGACACACGUCGUUUUUUUGAAUGUGUGCGCCAACUUUAAAAUAAAGUUGAUUUCUAGCAUGGCAAAAAAAACCACUGUGACAAUAAAGAUUGAUAUUUUAUUUUUAUACACUUACA